GCUUGGAGCCUAUCUGGCCCUUUACACUGCAGCAGUGGACUCUCCUUUUGUUAUGCUAAUGACCAUGCCAAGCAGGUGAAUCAUCUUGUCUUUUGUUGGGGAAUUCCAGUGACUCCGGUCCUCAAUUUAGACAUGUCAGUGCCUUAGUGUCUGAGUAAAAUAUAGCUUGAGGUUUAGAUCAGAUCUGUACUUUGGACUCUGGCAUCGUUCUAUUUCAACUGGUUCUCCUUGCUUCAUCUCGCUCCUGUCACUGGCUAUUUAUUUGUACAAUGCAGACAAGUGAAGUCGACAUCUUUCACAGAGUGUCUCUAGCUGAAACUAUUAACAUUACAGAUGUUCACGGGGAUGGUAACCUGACAGUCAAUGCUGGUAGUGGUAGUACUGUCAUCAUCACCACAUGUCCUCAUCAUGUACAUGUACCAGGAGAGGAGCACUCAUGUACACACUGCAAAGCACUUGUUUUACCCAAAUCUGUCAGCAAACCCAAAAGCCUGAGCACCAAAACAGAGAAAACCUGUCACAUGUACAUUGACAACCUGGCCAUGCUAACUGUAGAAGGAAAGAUACUGAAAUGCCGCGGCAUCAUUGCCAAGCUGAUGAAGACAAAGACCGACCCGGAUUCACAAGUGUCCCUCCGACACGCCGCAAGUCUCAAUGCUAUUUACGAAGGAGACUUCAAGAAGGUAAACCGUCUCCUCCAUGAAGUUCAGGCAAUCCUUCCCGAGACGAUGAAUGAGACAGAGCACAGACUUUGGUGGGGGAAUCUUAAGUGUCUAGCCAAGAUGAGAGAGGGGAACUGUGAUGCGGGGAUUGUGUUUGCAAAAGAGGCACUACCCCUGCUAGACAUGAUGGCACCCAGCUGUAUAACGGCAUGGCUGCUCAUUAACCACGCCUUGAUCCUGACCGAGAUCGCUGCAACACAAGAUGACCGGGAAGACAGACAAUUUUUCAUGAAAAUGGCAGAGAAAGAUUUCCAACACGCUAUUGAGCACACUGAAUACGAGCACCCUAAGCAGAUGCUCCACUCGCAGUCACGGGUGCCUCGGUUCGCCAAAAUGGGUCUGGCCUUUUUGUACCUUGGUUGUAAGGAAUCAGCAGACAAUUUCAGGUUGGGAACCUCAGACGUUUCUUUGGAUGACAUCAAGAGGGCGAAGAAUGUGAUUGAUGCACUCGACAGGGACGGAAUGGUCUGUGAUUCGGGACAGUUCCAGUUCAUGGUGGCUAAAACCUGCCUGCACUACAGGCUGGGAAGUUACCAACAGGCCUAUGAACAGGCCCAGGAAGCCAAAGUGUUUGCUACCAAACAUUCUUUUGGUGGUUUUGUCAAAUUUGCUGACAGUAUUGUGCAGUAUCUGCAGGACUAUAAAUAGUAUAAUGUUUAAGAUGUACAGUAGAUUUACAAGUAGUGUUAUAUAGUCCUGCUUAUGGUUCUGCUUAGUCUCAUAACAUGAGAGUAAAUGAUGCAUGUAUUGACUCAGUUAUCUUGGAGUUUGCUGUUACAAUGUAUUUGACUAAGCAUGAAAGUUCAUGUGAGUUGGCAAAUUACAUAAUGAGAAAAAAACUUCUCCAAUUGCAACUCACAGGAAUGCAGUAAUACAACAGGCCAAUAGGGGGCUCUGUUGCAUAGUUACAGGUGGUUGCCACAACAGUAGAUGAACUGCUGAAGCCAUCAGUCAACUAUGCUAGUUACUGAUCUGUUAGGUCUGUUACACGGCUGACCUAGAAACAUUUUAAGUCUCUUAUCAUCUAUCUACCUGCUUUACGGAAAUCUUAUCAUUGGGAUAUAACGUUAUAACUACAAUACAUCAAACAUAUUCCAUGGGAAAGUUACCUUUUAUAAGUCAUACAUGUAUUUCACAAUUUGUUUAU